AUGAAUGACGAUUUCGACAUCGAGAAGUUUACGAUUGAUUUGAAAGAAACGCAUCCAGACUUGGUAGAAGGGUUGGAGGAUACGAGUGACAGUGGAAAUGAGUUCCAACCGGACGCUUAUGAACAGAAAAUGAUUGAAGAGCAUCCGGAACUUGCUGAAAGAAUCUACGAGUCCGACGAGCAAUCUGUGAAAGAAGAACAGGAGAAAAGAGUUAGCAAUAAACAAAAAGAUAGAAAUCGUCGUGCCAACUUAGAGAAAAUGAUGGUUCCGGGACGCAAAGCUGUGGAGGAUAAAGAAGGAACAUUCCAUGACAACAUUUUGAAGAUUAAAAAAGAUUCUCCCAUGAAGAUGUUGGCUGAUGCUGUUCGAGAUGGGACAAAGAUACAUGUCAGAACGCGUGCAGCUGUUCGAAUUGAUCGAGUCUUUGAAGGUGUUCCGAUAACUUUCGACGAACAUUUCAACAUUAUGAUGAGAGAUGUUACAGAAACUAUUUUGCAUGGAAGAAAGUCUAGAAAAGAAGUUGGAGCCCGGAAACAACUCCAAUCGGUUCUUCCUGAAUUCCUUCAAUGGAAAGAGGGUACGAAAUGGCCGUUACCAAUCGGAGCCAAUUCUCUUCUGGAGGAACGUUUUCAGCGUGCAUGUUUCAUAAAGGGUGAUUCCGUGGUUCUACUGUACAAACUAUAG